AUGGAGCGUAUGGUGAAUCGUAGACUGAUGCAGUUCCUGGAAGACGGCAAAUAUUUGGACAACCGGCAGUUCGCUUUUCGACAGGGUUUUGGUACCAGUGGUUACCUAGGAUCACUAAGCGAGACGAUCUGGCGCGCUGUCGAUUCGGGCCAUCACAUCGAUAUAGGCAUUCUCGACAUUGCCAAGGCGUACAAUUCCGUCUGGCGUGAGGGAGUCCUUCGUCAGCUUCUCGAUUGGGGCGUAAAAGGUAGACUCGGCGUAUUCCUGCAGGAUUACCUAGCUAACCGCAAGUUCAGAGUUGGGAUUGGGGGAUGCCAGUCCGAUGAAUUUGUGGAGGUAAACGGUGUUCCUCAGGGCUCCGCGCUUGCUGUAACUCUGUUCUUAGUUAGCGUCAACUCCAUGUUCCAGUGCUUGCCGAGGGACGUGUAUGCCUUCAUGUAUGCGGACGACAUUGUCAUCGUAGUGUCAGGAAGAAGGGUUCGCCCAGUCCGUAGAAAAAUACAAACAGCAGUAAACGCGAUUGGACGCUGGGCUGAAUCAGUCGGAUUCUCGAUUGCUGCAGAAAAGUGCUCGAUAACACACUGCUGCAACACACACCAUGUGGCAACUGGUGUUCCGGUGAAAUUGGGAAGCGUCAACAUCCCGUUCAGACGCGAACCUAAGAUACUUGGUGUGACCAUCGACCGGAAAUUCUGUUUCAUACCACAUUUUCGCAGGAUCAAACAAGAAUGCGAGAGCCGCUUAAGACUGCUACGCACGAUCAGUUCGCGUCACCCUAGAUGGAACAGACUUACCGGGUUGAAUAUCAGCAGAGCUCUUAUCAAUAGUCGCAUAUUCUACGGGGUGGAAGCAACGUGCACCAACAGAAGCGGCUUAACAAGUGUACUUGCCCCACUUUACAACAGAUCGGUGAGGCUCUGUUCGAAUCUUUUGCCCGGUACUCCGGCGACUGAUGCUUGUGUUGAGGCAGGUGUUCUUCCUUUCCGUUGGAUCGUUGCGGUCACCAUUAUCAAACGUGCUCUCAGUUAUCUCGAAAAAACCACAGGGAACGACUGUGUGCUGCUCCAGGUGAGUAAAGAGAUCCAUCGCAGUUUUACUGGAACUGACCUUCCGAAGCUAGCCCGGUUGCACCGUGUAUGCAAACGUCCAUGGUUCGAGAGUGGACUUAGUAUCGACACCAGCCUGGCAUCAUCACGAGGGGCAAACCCCAACUCUAGCGUGGCAACAGCGAAGUUCGCGGAACUGGUGAACACCAGAUUCACCCACCACAUGCAAGUGUUCACUGACGGAUCCAAGUGUAACAAUUCAGUCGGCAUCGGAAUCAGCGGCAUCGGAAGGGGCCUAUGUCUCAAAAUGCCAAAGUUGUGCUCGGUUUUUUCGGCGGAAGCGGCGGCCAUAGCACAUGCUGUAGGUCGUGUUCCAGCUAAUACUCCAGUGGUCAUUUUUACCGAUUCACUGUCGGUGCUCUCAGCCUUGGAAGCGGGAGAGUCACGGCACCCAUUCAUUCAGGCAAUAGAGGUAAACUGCGCAGCGAUGACAACUUUGUGUUGGGUCCUCGGUCACAGCAACAUUCAUGGCAACGAGCGGGCGGACACACUGGCGGCAGUUGGUAGGUCGGCACAGGCAUUCGCGACGGACACCGUUCCUGCGGCUGACAUAUUUAAAAACUUCAAAAACGAGACCAUCAUUCACUUUACGCGACACUGGAGAAGCUCGACAGGCUUGUUAAGCAAAGUUAAAGGCGAUUUGAACCGAUGGAACGAUAGGGACGACAGACGGGAACAAAGGGUCCUGUCCAGGUUGCGUGCGAGACACACGAGGGUCACCCACGCUCACACGAUCACCAGAUGUGAUCCACCAAUCUGCACAACAUGCAACACCAGAUUAACAGUCGAACAUAUGCUAAUCAACUGUGCGGAGUAUCAUGACCUGCGAGAACAUUACCAACUAUCAACAUCAAUAAGGGAUGUUCUCAGCAAUGACCCUGUUAGAGAGGAGGUUCUUCUGUCGUUCCUGAAGGAUGCCGGCCUGUUUUGGGAAAUUUAA